AAACUUGAAUCCAACAAGAAAAGUGAGCAUUUAACCAAAAGAAGAAAAAACUUGACAAGGAUAUAGGCACAACGUGUUCGGGUUGUAAAAGAGGCUCCGAAAAUGCCACGGGUGCGGGUGUUUCACUCGUUUUUUCCACUCCCACACCAAACCCAUCACAACACCCUAAAACCUGCACCACCGUCCCCGCCACUCAGCCGCCGUUGAUUGAUGGCAUCGCCGCCACCACCGCCCAAUCAAUGACCCUCUCUUUCAGAUUCUUCUCCACUCCAGCAGCCACAGCCCUCAAAUCUCGCUUCCUCUUCUCCUUCAGCACAUGCUCCUCAACCCACCACGACGCCGUUUCACGCCCUUCCCCCGUUUCCGAUCACUUGCGCGCCGCGGUUUCCCAGCCUGAGCUUCUCGUCCGGGUCCUCCACUCGGUCCGAACCCGACCCGGAACUGCUCUCAGAUUCUUCCGUUGGGUCGAGAGGCAACCCGGGUUUACUGGGUCUGAAUCGGCGUUCGCCGCCAUCCUCGAUAUUCUCGCCAGGAACGGUUGGAUGAGGUCUGCGUAUUGGGUCAUGGAGAAGAAUGUGGUUGCUGUGAAAAUGGAGGAUGCUGUCAUGGAUGUUUUGGUUAGUGGUUCUUCUUCUUCUUCUUCUUCUUCUUCGGUUAAGCUUCUUGAUUUGUUGCUUUUUAUUCUGUCGAAAAAAUCGAUGCUCGAGAAGUGUUUGUUGGUUUUCUACAAGAUGAUUCAUAAUGGGUUGUUACCUGGUGUGAGGAAUUGCAAUAGGGUUCUUAGGAUGCUUAGGGAUAGGAACAUGGUGAAUGAAGCUAGUGAGGUUUUUAAUGUGAUGAUUGAGUGUGGGAUAAGACCUACCACUGUUACUUAUAACACCUUGAUGGAUUCGUUUUGCAAGGAAGGGGAGGUUCAGCGCGCGGUUGAGCUUCUCACUCGAAUGCGGCUAACCAGGUGUGCUCCCGAUGAUGUGACGUAUAAUAUUUUGGUGAAUGGUUGGUCUAACAAAGGGGAGUUGGAGCAGGCGAGGAAACUGAUUGAGGAGAUGUUGAAAUUGGGGCUGAAGGUUUCGGCUUACACGUAUAACCCGCUGAUUCGCGGGUAUCGUGAGAAAGGGCUGCAUGAGGAAGCAGCGGAUGUAUGGGAGAUGUUGGAUAGAGAAGCUUUGUCUACUGUGGCGACCUACAAUACGAUUAUGUGUGGUCUUUGCAAGUGUGGAAGGGUGAGUGAUGCAAGGCCGCUGUUAGAUGAUAUGAUGAAUAAAAAUGUGAUGCCGGACUUGGUUUCCUAUAAUACUCUAAUUUAUGGUUACAGCAGGUUGGGCAACAUGGGGGAGGCUUUUCACUUGUUUGAUGAGUUGAGAUAUAGAAGUCUUGUUCCCACUGUUGUGACCUAUAAUACGCUUAUAGACGGUCUUUGCAGAUUGGGGGACAUGGAUAAAGCCAGGCGGUUAAAAGAUGAUAUGAUCAGACACGGACCUCAUCCUGAUGUAUUUACUUUUACAACUCUUGUCAGAGGAUUUUGCAUCACGGGGAACUUACCAAUGGCUAAGGAGCUAUUUGAAGAGAUGCUUCAUAGAGGAUUGCAGCCAGAUCGUCUUGCAUACACAACUCGGAUAGUGGGUGAACUGAAACUUGGUGACCCAUUUAAGGCUUUUGGUAUGCAGGAAGAAAUGCUUGCCAACUUUCCUCCUGAUUUGAUCGUAUAUAAUAUCUUCAUCGAUGGGCUUUAUAAAUUGGGCAAUUUGAAAGAAGCCAAUGAACUUGUGCAUAAAAUGCUCCACGAAGGACUUGUUCCAGAUCAUGUAACAUAUACUAGCAACAUCCAUGCUCACUUGAUGGCUGGGCAUCUUAGGAAGGCUAGUGCGGUGUUCCGUAUGAUGUUGGAGAAAGGGAUAUUACCUUCAGUUGUUACUUAUACAGUUUUGAUUCAUUCAUAUGCAGUUAGGGGCAGGCUGCAACUUGCUCUUAAGUACUUUUUUGAGAUGCAAGAGAAGGGUGUUGAUCCAAAUGUGAUCACCUACAAUGCUUUAAUCAAUGGAUUUUGCAAAGUGAGAAAAAUGGAUCUGGCAUACAGUUUUUUUGCGGAAAUGCAAGCAAAGGGUAUUUAUGCAAAUAAGUACACCUACACCAUUUUAAUAAAUGAGAACUGCAACUUAGGCCGAUGGCAGGAGGCUUUGAGGUUGUAUAGGGAAAUGCGAGAUAGAGAAAUUGAACCUGAUUCUUGCACACAUAGUGCACUAUUGUUGAAGCAUCUAAACAAAGACUAUAAAUUCCAUGCACUUCAGCAUCUUGAGAGUGUAAUUGGAGGUGGUGAAUAAACUUAUGAUGUAAAGGUGAAGGAAUGAUUAUUUGUUAUUCUGGUUUUGGCAUUCCCAUAUGACUGAUGACAUCCCUACAUUUGGAUGGGUUUUUGCCUCGUUGAGGUGUGAAGUUCCUGAGACAUAAUCGUGUAUAUUUAUGUGUCUGUCAUGGAUAAGAUGCCAAUGGUUGUUUCUGAUGAUUGAUGGCCAAACUUCAACUGUUCAAAUGUUUUCACACGUUAAAUACUCUGUCUGGUUAAUACUUGGAAGAGUGUGGAUCAACAAAGAUUCAGAGAUAUGUCACAUUAAUGACAUUAUGCAUAGAAGGCUAGUGGUAUACAGAUUAAACUCACUCCUCUGUCAAAAUAUUUUAAAUUAAUUUUUGACAUAGACCCCUUCCCAGACCCGUGUAUGCAGAAGCUUUGUGCACCGGGCUGCCCUUUUUUGACAUAAUCAUACCCCAUUAUUUUAAUUCAUUUUUCAUAGUCCUCUUGGGGAAGAGUUUUUUUUUUUUACAAUGGUGCUUAUUCUUUGCAUGAUAAUUGUGAUUAUCAUUUGUAAGCCUAGUGAUACACAUUUUGUAUCCAUCAAAACUUGUAUAAUGCUUGGAAUAAAAAGUUAGAUCCCUUCUGUGC